AUGCAAGGUUCCGCGCUCCCAACCAGACAAAAAUGCCGCUGGCGAGGCUGCGACAAGCUUCCUUCCUCAGUCCUCGGGGCCUCCGAACUGAAUGUUUUUCGCGCACUAUUAAAGCAGCACAGACGGUGCCUGCGCGCCCCCUUGUGGCUCUCUAGCGAAUCACUGAAAUUCUCAGUGGCCCGGAUCUAUUUGCUAGCGGCAGGACUGAUGCUCUGCUCCAUCCCUGCUUGCUCCCUUGGCAACAAAGAACUCUUCAUACAUUUGAGACACAUGAAAAAUAUCCCCUCUCACUCAUGCCUAGGUGACAGAAUCGACUUCAAAUUUCCUUGGAAAAGAGAGAACAUCGCCCAAAUCCAGAUGACUCAAGGCCCCUGGUACCACUAUCUGAUGCUCCAGCAGAUUUUCAACCUCUUCACCACGGAGGACAGCCGUGAUGCUUGGAACAACACCCUCCUCCAUAAAUUUCUAUCUAGCCUUGAUCAGAGGCUGGACAGACUGCAACAGAUGGGAGAAGACCAUCUGGAUUGUCCCGAUUUGGGACUUGCUGCCCGGAAGUAUUUCCAUGGAAUCCAUCUCUACCUGGAGGAUAAGGAAUACAGCCCCUGUGCCUGGGAGGUUGUCAGAGUGGAAGUUGAAAGGUGCUUUUCCCUCAUGUAA